AUGGUGACGGAGCUGCUGGGGGGGGACAUGGUGAACCAGAGCUUCAUCUGCGACCCGGACGACGAGUCCUUCGUGAAAUCCAUCAUCAUCCAGGACUCUGGAGAAGGGCCCCCCCGCCGCUCUAGCCUGGCCGCCGCCUAUUUCCCCUCCACCGCCGACCAGCUGGAGAUGGUGACGGAGCUGCUGGGGGGGGACAUGGUGAACCAGAGCUUCAUCUGCGACCCGGACGACGAGUCCUUCGUGAAAUCCAUCAUCAUCCAGGACUGCAUGUGGAGCGGCUUCUCCGCCGCCGCCAAGCUGGAGAAGGUGGUGUCCGAGAAGCUGGCCUCCUACCAGGCGGCCCGUAGAGAGGGGGGUGCCGGCUCCCGGCUCUGCCCGCAGCCGCCGCCCUCGCAGCCGCCCAGCAUGGCUCCCUCCCCUGCCUCCGCCAGUACCUACCUGCACGAUCUGGGCGCUGCCGCCUCCGACUGCAUAGAUCCCUCCGUGGUUUUCCCCUACCCGCUCAGCGAGAGGUCCCCCAAGCCCGGCUCCCCCGACUCCAGCCCGGCUUCCCUGCUGGGCGAUGACACGCCGCCCACCACCAGCAGCGACUCUGAAGAAGAAGAACCAGAAGAAGAUGAGGAAGAAAUUGAUGUUGUGACAACAAGUGAAUCUGAAUCAAUCACACAGUCAACAGAAGAGCACAGUAAGCCACACCACAGCCCACUAGUUCUUAAGAGGUGUCAUGUCCCCAUCCAUCAACACAACUAUGCUGCUCCUCCCUCAACCAAGCUUGAGUAUCCUUCAGCAAAAAGGAUAAAGUUGGACAGUGGCAGAGUUCUCAAACAGAUCAGUAAUAAUCGCAAGUGUUCAAGUCCCCGCACAUCAGACACAGAAGAAAAUGACAAGAGGCGAACGCACAAUGUUUUGGAGCGCCAAAGGAGAAAUGAGCUGAAGUUGAGUUUCUUUGCUUUGCGUGACCAAAUACCUGAGGUAGCCAACAAUGAAAAAGCACCGAAAGUUGUCAUUCUUAAAAAAGCCACCGAGUAUGUUAUUUCUAUUCAAACAGAUGAACAUAGACUGAUUGCAGAGAAAGAACAGUUGAAGAAGCGGCGAGAUCAGUUGAAACACAAACUAGACCAGCUAAGGAACUCUUGUGCAUAGAUUAGAAUCUAAUCUAGACUGAAAUAAGAAAAUAUUAAUGUUUCUAAUCUUACUCAUGAACUUAUGCCCGUUCAUGAAAUACGGAACCAUUGCAAUUGCAUGCUUUGCAAAAUAACUUGAGACUACACAACCUUGGCUGGAACUUGGAAAGGUUUUAGCCAUAACCUCAAAACUGCCUCAUAAUUAAUACUUUGGGCAUAAGGACAGAUGGGACGACUUCAUGCUUGGGGAUGAACUUUUUCAAUUUUGUUUUUCAGCAGUUUUGUAUUUAAGUCAUUUUUCUUGACAAUUCCAAAAAGUCCCCAAAUUGCUGUAUAUAUUUACAUAUCUUGCUAUGUACAUACCUUUAAUAAAAUCUUUAUUAAUGUUG